UGAAAACUGAAAAAUCAAUACAAGAGAAAACCAGCCGAGUUUCCCACCGUUGACAUUGGCGUUUGUGGCAUUUAAGCCAAUAAAAACAAAACAAAAUUUUCAGUUUUCCAUACAACAAAACAUAUUUAUGCGGGCAAUAAAUAAAUAAUUCACUUGAAAAUGUUUCAUCCACCAAGUUUAAACUAAAUGGCUAGCUCGGCUCCGGCCAUUUCCAAAGAAGAUGCUUCCAAAGGACCUGAAUGGGUACUGGCUAGACAAGGGAUAAAGUUGUUAAUUAACAACGAGCAUGCUGAAGCUGAAGCUUUUUUUCUAAAGCAUCCUGAUAGUUUGCUAAUGUAUGCAGGAUAUUCUUAUGUUUUAUUUAUGGAUGCCCUAAUGAGUUUUGAAGAAGAAAAACUCUCGAAAGCAAUAUUAGUAUUAAAAGAAGUAGAAAAACGUUGUACUACACAAACUGGCUGGUUAAAAUCAAUUUCACAAAAAGUUUUCAGAUCUACUACUACUGAUGUUGAUGAUCCACGGGCACGAAGCUUAGCUGAAGAAUUAGAAACUCAAAUAAUUUUAGCAGAUUCACAAGUCUGCUUAGCAAUAUUAACUUUUCUCCAACAAGACUUGUCAGGGUAUUUCAAAGGAGGAUGGGUGUUGCGGAAAGCCUGGAAAGUUUACCAGAAGACCUACAAAGAAAUACUAACUUUGUACAAAGACAAAAUCGGUGAACUCCAAUUACCCGAUCCUAUCGUUACUCCUCAAUCUCCGUCCUCGGCAUUUAACGGUACAAAUUCUGAUUCUGACGAUGAAGCAGAUUGGGACGUUCCUGAACCAGUAUUUAACGGGUACUCAUCUAAAAAAAUGUCCCACUCGCGUUCACUUAAUUUUACUCAAAAUGACAAUCUUGCCGAAUCCAUUACUGCUCAGAAAUCUAUAAAUAAUAAUACCAAAAAGCUGCGCAGACCGAACAGUUUGUCUUUGAAAAAAUCAAUUUCAAUUACUGAGGCUUUGAGUGGAAGAGGAAAUCGUAGCACAAUGGGUUCUGCAAGGUUUAGUAUUUCUAAUUUCACCGAUACACUUUCUUUGACUAACUUGACGUCAUCGUUGAGAGAGAUUUUUCCUGGACAAUCUUACACGGGAACUCAAGAAAUUUGCAAAAAGUCAAUUAUGAGGCUUAUGGGUGCAGUUUCGUUUGGCUAUGGACUUUUCCAGCUAGGAAUAUCGCUGUUGCCUCCUACUUACACGAGAAUAAUAAGCCUUUUGGGGUUUACUGCAAACCGGCAAAACGGAGUUGCUUGUUUGAUGUACGCUCGAUUAGGGGUUGAUAUGCGUGCACCUCUAGCAAGUCUAGCCUUAUUAUGGUAUCACACAAUAGUACGUCCGUUUUACGCAAUCGACGGCGUCAAUGUCGAUGCAGGAGUUGAAGCUGCCAACGUACUCAUCCAAGAGUCCCAAAAGGAAUUCUCAAAUUCCGCUCUGUUUCUAUUUUUCGGAGGUAGAGCUAGCAGAUUAAACUCUGAUGUACCUAUGGCCUUAACAUCAUUUCAAAAAGCCAAAGAUAAUUCCAACCAUCGUGAAAUCAAAAUGCUGUGUCUGCACGAAAUAGGCUGGUGCCAUCUUAUACAGUUGGACUACGCAAAGGCCAGUGGUAGUUUUAACUAUUUGAAACAAGCUAGUAGGUGGUCUAGAUCAUUCUACGUAUAUUUGGCUGCUAUUUGUAUUGGGUCCGCGUCACUUGACGACUACAGCAUUUUCGAUGACCUACAAAAAAGCUGCGAACGUUCCAGGACAAAUCAAAUGGAAGAAUUUUUGCAGCGAAGAAUCCAUUGCUCUCCGAAAAAUGCCCAGGAUGCUAAAAACUAUCUUCCAGUUUAUUUCAAAGUGUUAGUCUUCGAAAUGCUUUAUUUGUGGAACGCUUUGGCUAGCUGUAAUACAAAAGGAAUCGAUGAAAUUAUUGAAGAUUGUACUGCUUAUACUAAGUCUUCCAAUGUGGAACCGAGACUUGGUCUUACUUUGCUUAUACUUGGCUCUUGUCACAGCAUUAAAAAUAAUUCGCGAGAAGCUGCCGAAUGUUUUAGGAAAUGCUUGGAAUCACGUGCACAUGCACUCAAUAAUGCUGAAGAUGCCCAUAUUUCGGCGUUUGCUCAAUACGAACUAGGGAAUAUUUUGGCUCAAAGCUUAGAGACUAAAGAAGAAGGUAAACAUUUACUGGAACAAAUGAGUAAAUAUAGUCAUUACGAUUUUGAGGCGAGGCUCAAUGUAAGAGUUCAUUCGGUUUUGAGGAAUAUUGAAUAAAACACUUAUUAUUUUUUGCUGACACUAUUAUAAAAACUCUUCACUGUUAUCGAUUGCUAUUUUCACUAGCUUACACCUACAUAAUUGGCAUUUAAUUUAAUGAAAUCAAGAUUUGAAGAGAGUUUAAGUCUUUUCUCUUUCACUAAUAUGUAGCAUUUGCGCCAAAUACUCUAUUAUUCAGGUUAGAUGGUAAAUUGCGAGCGGUCAUACUUGAUGGUAAUUAUUUCCUUGGGUAGCUACUGUAAAAUAAAAUUGUGGGGGCGGGUCUAUUUACAAGUGAGAGAAACAACUGAUGUAAGGUUAUCCAUUAAUAAAUAUACUUUAUUCGAGGUUUACCAAAUUACAAUGGUACAAUUUUAUACCCUAAUCCAACACCCACCCAACGCCUUUCUUAAAAAAAACAAUUCUAAAUUAUGCUAUAACUUUACAGCCACCUCUAUACUAUCUCUGAGCUUGUAUAGUAGGUGCAACAAUAUACCGUUGGCUCUUACUGCAAUAAAUUAAGUACCUACCUGGAUAAGACCCUAUUGUAUAGACCUCAACCUCUUCAAAGCUCAAUAAUUGGAAUCAGAAUCGGCUUAAAAAUGUACCUACCACGUGAUUUGUUUUCAUAAUUUGAAAUAAUUCGACACUUUUAGAUUAAAGUAAGGGUAAAAUAACGAUAACAAGUAUUAAUUCAAAAUAAUAUAACUUAAAAGUACAGUAGAUCCCCGGUUAUAUGAGGUAACAUGGGGGGGUACCCACCUCGGAUAACUGAAAACUCGGAUAAUCCGAAUACAUAAAUGUAUACAGGGUAUACCAUUUAAAACGAAACAGGGAUUCGAGUGAUACCUGUUUCAAAAGAGCGCUCAAUUUUGUUUCAAAUGACAUCAAAUAAAAGAGAAUUGAAUACUCUUUUGGGAGAGGUAUCACUCGACCCCUUGUUCCAUUUGAAAUAGUGAGAGUAGAGGAUUGAAGUUGAUAUGCUAAAAAUGAUUGCAAAAAACUUCCCCCUUUGAAAAUCAAAUUACGUGUACGAGCAAUUUAAAAAAAAAAUAAACGUAACAUCAGAUAUUUAGCCUGUUUCGUUUUAAAUGGUACACCCUGUAUGUAUGUACAGGGUAUUUUUUUAUAUAUUGACAUCCUACCUACAGCCUUUACCUUUACAGGUAGAAAAAAGCUGUAAAUACAAAAGUUGUACAGUUUUGGCUAAAUUUUUAGAAUCCAUGGUCAGAAACAAAAAUUGAAUGUUAGAAAUGUGAAAUGUUGCAUGCUUUCAGCUUUUUUCAAAUGGGAUGCGCAAUAUUUGGUUCUAUAUUCUUGAAGAGCACAAUUUACCGAUUCCAAAAGUAUAUAGUUUGUCUGUAUUUGGUUGAGCCGUCUCAAACAUAUUUGGUUCUAAAAAUUUUAAGAAAACUAUCAGAGAAACCAAGUACCUCAAAUUUUACCUAUAGCUUUCACCUGUACAGGUAGAAUGGUUCACAAAAUCAGUAGUAGGAUAGUAUUUUUACAAUUUUUGGAGCUGAAUAUAUGAGAGACUGUUCAAUCAAAUAUAGACAAACUAUAUAUUUUUGGAAUCGGGGCAUUGUGUUCUUCAAGAAUAUAGAAUGAAAUAUAGGGCAUCCCAUUUGAAAAAAGCUGGAAGCAUUACAUAUAAGUGGAUUAUUGCGAAACUUAUAGGUGGACCUCUGCGGGACGAGCGCAGCGAGUUCCGCAGCCAUCUACUCACCAAUAUACUGUUGAACUGUUCAAAUAAGACACUCACCUAGAACGUGUAGUUUUUGAACUAAUGAGAAAAAUUCAGAACUGAGUGAAUCAGGUAAGUAUUGUACUUGAACAACAUAUUGGUGAAUAGAUAGCUAAGUCCACCCAUAAGUUCCGCAACAAUCCACUCGUUUGUACUUGAAUAACUUGACACAUUACAUUACUAGUUUGGUGAAGUAACAUUACUAAUUCCUGUUAAAAGGCAAAUUGACAAAAAGUGGAUAAUCUUAUAAAUUCUGACUUCAUAUAAUAAGUUAUUGUUCAAGUACAGGCUGUUUUUUUGUAUUGAAACCCAGGAUUGGACGAAAUUUUGGAAGUGGUCCAGGAAAUUUCAGUCUAGUGGCCCAUGCAUUAAUGGAUUUAUGGCGCAAUCCUCACAUUUAGAUGUAAUCUAAUAACAACAGGGAUGAAAUAAUAAAUGCUGAAUGAAAACGUAGAAUAAGAAAUUAAAAAAUAACUCUCAUAUUUAACAUCUUUGGUUUAUUUCGAGGUUUAUUUAUUUCAAACAAUCAAAAUGAUAAUAUUUUCUUUGGGGAAGCCUCCAAAGUGUGAAAAUCCCUUCUAGGCUCUCCUAAAGUUGAAAUUUGAUUGGCAGAAAUCAUUACUCUUCAAAUUUGAAUUUUAAGUUGAUGAUUUUGAAUCAGAAUUGAAUACUUCACAAGAUAAAACAAGUGUAAUUUCAAUAUUUCGAACAGUUCUUCAGAUAUGAGCUUCCAAAGUGUGAAAAUCCCAUUCCAGGCUCUCCUAAAGUUGAAAUUUGAUUGGGAGAAGUUAUUAUUCUAUAAAUUUGAAUUUGAACUUCAUGAUUCUGAAUCACAAUUGGAUGCUUCACAAGAUAAAAAAGUUUUGAUUUCAAUAUUUUGAACAUUUCUUGAGAUAUGAGCUUUCAAAGUGUGAAAAUCCCAUUCCAGGCUCUCCUAAAGUUGAAGUUUGAUUGGGAGAAGUUAUUAUACUCUAUAAAUUUGAAUUUGAAGUUGAUGAUUCUGAAUAAGAAUGGAAUGCUUUACAAGAUAAGAAAGAAUUUGCUUUAUUGUCAGAAAAUUUUACAAUUUUGUGGACAAAGCUGAAAAAAUAAAAAACAAAACAUACAAAUGCAAAAGCACAGACAAAACCAAACACUUGAACAAAUAGUUCAUGGUCAAAAUUUGAUUAAAACUAACAAACAAACAUCUAGGUCUAACUGCUUAUACUGUGCGAGUAAGCAUAUUAUAGGUACUAAAAAAACAAACAAACAAUAACUUAUAAUAACCUAUCAUGAUACAGGAACAAAAACAAAACCUGUGAGUAAGCUGCUCAAAAUUUAGAAUAAGGAAACCAUAAACAACUCGCUUACUGUGUACAAGGCUCUCCUCAGUAAAUACACCCUCAACGCCCUGCGAAAUUCGAGAAAAGAUGCAAUGGACCUGAUGUUAGGCCGUAGAUGAUUAUGCAUCUUUUUAGCAUUAUAAAGUAUUGAACUUUUAACUAACUCUGAGCGCGGGAUUGGCAGAUAAAGAUCCAACUCUGCGUUCCUCAGUGGAUAAUUGUGAGAUGGCCUCUCUGAGAUAGCUAAUAUUAAGUGCUUACGAAUUAAGCAGACGGAUUCGAAAAUAAAUAAAGAUGGAAGAGUCAAUAUACUAGACUUGAUAAAAAAUUCCCGGCAGUGAGUUCUACUACCAAGUCCCAAAGAAUAACGAAGAGCUCUCUUCUGCAGUCUAAAAAUGCGUUCAAAUUGAGACGCACAACACGUGCCCCAGAAUGGAAGGGCGUAACGCAAAUGCGACUCAAAAAGAGCAUAAUAUACCAUCCUGCAACUUGCCGAGUUAAGCUCCCUGGAAACAGAUCUCAGUGCAAAACAGGCCGGACUUAAUUUCUUUGCUAAGGCGUCGAUAUGCAGGUCCCACUUUAGAGAUUUAUCAACAACAAGCCCCAGGAAUUUCACGGAAUCAACGGCCUCCAUGGUAUUGUUAUCCAGUACUACAGAUUGGAGCGAAGCUCUGUAAGAUAAAAUUUUGGUUUUAGAGAGGUUGAGGCACAGGAGAUUUGAGUCACACCAUGAUUUGAUGGUGAUUAAGUCACUAGAUACGGUUCUAUGGAGUUCCGUAAUAUCCGGGUUGCUCCAAGUGAAACUAGUAUCGUCUGCGAAGAGACAAACUUUGCCGCUAAUAUCCAGACUAGCAAUGUCGUUAAUAAAUAGCAGGAACAAAAUAGGGCCAAGAACUGAACCCUGAGGCACACCACAUUCAAUUGGUUUACAAGAGGACAUGGUCGAGUCCACCCUCACAAGCUGACUUCUGUUACCAAGAUAAGACUUAAACCAUUCGAGAGCCAUUCCUCUGAAACCGUAGAACUGUAAUUUGUUAAUUAAGAUAUUAUGAUUAACACAGUCGAAAGCUUUGGAGAAAUCACAGAAAAUUGAGGCUGUAGAGUGGUGGCAGUUCAGGCUGGAGUAUACAUUAUUGAAAAGAGAAAACAUUGCAUCAUUAGUACAUUUGUUACUUAGGAAACCGAAUUGACUGGUAGUUAGAAUAUUAUAUUUAGAGAGAAAUGAUAGAAGCCUCUUUUUAACCAAUCUUUCUAUGAUCUUUGAUAGCGUAGGAAGGAGUGCAAUGGGGCGAUAGUUUGAAGGUAGCUCCUUAUCACCUCCCUUAUGCAGUGGGAUAAUUAUCGCCAUCUUAAGACAGUUUGGAAAAGCUCCAUUUAGAAACGACUUGUUGAUCAGAGUAGUAAGAUGUUUUAAUGUGCGACCAGGAAGAUUAGAGAACAUUUUGAGGGUGAGUCCAUCAGUCCCAGAUGAAGAUUUGUUUUUAAUAUCUUUGAUUGUACUGCGAAGCUCUGGAACUACUACAGGCGUGAAGAAGAAACUGUGUAAGUUCACCUUAGCAUUCGGGAGAUAUGAAAGUAGGUCCUGGGAAGGAGUUAAGGUAUUCACUAAAUUCUUAGCCACAUCAACAAAGUAAUCGUUAAGGAUCUCAGGUGAAGUAGGAAUUCUGCUAGAUGAAGAAGCCUUAUUCCUCAAGUCAUUAACAAUUGACCAUGUUUCUUUUGCAACAUUUUUGGAGUUUGCCAGCCUCCUAUUAUAAUAAAUGUCUUUGGCGGCUUUUAUGGUUUUCUGAUAGACUUUUCGGUAUAAUUUUACGUAAUCAUUGAAGAAGACGCUAUCCGAGAAUUUUUUUAGAUGAGACAAGGAUCGCAUAUUUUUUCCAGAAGUACGCAGGCCACUAGUGGACCAUGGUUUAUGCCGUUUGACUUUGAUGGGUCUGAGAGGAAAGGAUUUGGUCGCCAGGUCAGAUAGGGUAUUUAUGAAUCUAGAGAACUCGGAGUCAACAUCAUCUGAGUGGACGACCCAGUCAACUGAUAAGCAAAGUUGACUGAAAUUUAAAAAAUUUCCAUCCGAAAAUAUUCUGCCCAAUUUGCGGGAAGCACCCUUACGUAAGGAAUUCAAUGAGAAAUUCGUUAAUACUGCUUCGUGGUCAGAAAACCCUGCACUAAAAAUAGAGCAGUUGACCAAUUCUGGAUCAAAAGAUGAAGCGACAUAGUCAAUGGUAGUAGAACUAGUUUUGGUUAUUCUGGUUGGAGAGUUUACAUGCAUCACAAUCGACACAAUCCCAAAGGAGUCGAAAAUGGACUGGAGAGAUUCUUGAGCAGCGCACACACAGGAAAAAUUUAUAUUAUAGUCACCACAUAAAAUUAUUUUGCAAUUCAAGGGCAAGGAGUCAAGCAAGCUCAGCAAAUUCCGACAAAACAUGUGCGCGUCUGUGUCCGGUGAUCGAUAUAAACAAACAAUAUAAAGGUCAAAACCACUAUGAUAGACGAUGGAAAAUUCAAAUAUUUUUUCCGAUAAUAAAUUAUCAAACUUGGUUAUUGCAGUAAAGUCAUUAUUAGUGGACAUUAUCAUAGUGCCUCCGUGAGAUAAAUUACUUCGAUUAAAUCUAGCUAUUGAGGUGUAAUUUUUGACAAACACAGGUUCAUCCAUAUUUAACCAGUGUUCAGUAAUGGCGAUGAUUUCUGGAAAAUUAAGCUCUUCUAAUAAAAGAAAUAAUUCAUCUGUUUUGUGUCUUAAGGACUGAAUAUUAAUAAGAAAUACACUAAGCUUGCCAUCGUCCAACCUUACAGAGGGUGCUUGAUCCUCUGGUCGCGUCACCUUAUCUAAAAAUUUUUAUUAUUACGUGGAGAGCCACUAGAGAAAUAUUUGCUCUGACUUUCCCUAAUAUUCUGUAACCGGAGAAGUUUCUCGGACGAGAAGUAAGACCUGAAGGCGGAGAGAUCAGCGUCAACUUCAGCCAGACCAAUGCCAUACGCGUUGUGGAAACGGAAAUAUAACUUCCGCAAUGAGUCCAAGUCACUAGGAAGUCCCUCCGAAGCUAACAUUAAUUUGAUGCUGGUGUUAAUGUGCCCAUCAAAACACACGGUGGAUGAUUGGUCAUGGAGAUAAGCCAGGAAUAGCCUAAGAGCUUUAAGAAUGGCAGGGUCUCUUAGUCUAGCCAAUAAAUAUCGACCAUCAGCUGUAUCAGAAGCUCGCGAUAAUCGCACAAUGGGUGGAGUCAUCAUCAUAAGACAGGUUUGAUUUCAAUAUUUCGACAGUUCUUGAGAUAUGAGCCUCCAAAUUGUGAAAAUCCCAUUCCAGGCUCUCCUAAAGUUGAAAUUUGAUUGGGAGAAGUUAUUAUUCUAUAAAUUUGAGUUUGAACUUCAUGAUUCUGAAUCAGAAUUGGAUGCUUCACAAGAUAAAACAGGAUUGAUUUCAAUAUUUCGAACAGUUCAUGAGAUAUAAGCUUCCAAAGUGUGAAAACCCCAUUCCAGGCUCUCCUAAAGUUGAAGUUUGAUUGGGAGAAGUUAUUAUACUCUAUAAAUUUGAAUUUGAAGUUGAUGAUUCUGAAUAAGAAUUGAAUGCUUUACAAGAUAAGACAGGUUUAAUUUCAAUAUUUCGAACAGUUCUUGAGAUAUGAGCCUCCAAAUUGUGAAAAUCCCAUUCCAGGCUCUCCUAAAGUUGAAAUUUGAUUGGGAGAAGUUAUUAUUCUAUAAAUUUGAAUUUGAACUUCAUGAUUCUGAAUCAGAAUUGGAUGCUUCAUAAGAUAAAACAGUUUUGAUUUCAAUAUUUCGAACAGUUCUUGAGAUAUGAGCUUCCAAAGUGUGAAAAUCCCAUCCCAGGCUCUCCUAAAGUUGAAAUUUGAUUGGGAGAAGUUAUUAUUCUAUAAAUUUGAAUUUGAACUUCAUAAUUCUGAAUCAGAAUUGGAUGCUUCACAAGAUAAAACAGGUUUGAUUUCAAGAUUUCGAACAGAUCUUGAGAUAUGAGCCUCCAAAGUGGGGAAAUCCCAUCCCAGGCAUUACUACAGUUGAAAUUUGAUCGGCAGAAGUCAUUACUCUUCAAAUUUGAAUUUGAAGUUGAUGAUUCUGAAUAAGAAUUGUAUGCUUUACAAGAUAAAAUAGGUUUAAUUUCAAUAUUUCGAACAGUUCAUGAGAUAUGAGCUUCCAAAUUGUGAAAAUCCCAUUCCAAGCUCUCCUGAAGUUGAAAUUUGAUUGGGAGAAGUUAUUAUUCUAUAAAUUUGAAUUUGAACUUCAUGAUUUCGAAGCAGAAUUGGAUGCUUCACAAGAUAAAACUGGUUUGAUUUCAAUAUUUCGAAGAGUUCUUGAGAUAUGAGCUUCCAAAGUGUGAAAAUCCCAUUCCAGGCUCUCCUAAAGUUGAAAUUUGAUUGGGAAAAGUUAUCACUUUAUAAAUUUGAAUUUGAAGUUCAUGUUUCUGAAUCAGAAUUGGAUGCUUUACAAGAUAAAAUAGGUUUGAUUUCAAUAUUUCGAGCAGUUCUUAAGAUAUGAGCCUCCAAAGUGUGGAAAUCCCAUCCCAGGCACUACUAGAGUUGAAAUUCGAUUGACAGGAGUCAUUACUCUUCAAAUUUGAAUUUUAAUUGAUGAUUCUGAAUCAGAAUUGAAUACUUCACAAGAUAAAACAGGUUUAAUUUCAAUAUUUUGAACAGUUCUUGAGAUAUGGACUAUGGAGCCUCCAAAGUGUAGAAAUCCCAUUCCAGGCUCUCCUAGUUAAAAUUUGAUUGGGAGAAGUUAAUACUCUAUAAAUUUGAAUUUGAAGUUCAUGAUUCUGAAUCAGAAUUGAAUACUUUACAAGAUAAAAUAGGUUUGAUUCCAAUAUUUCGAACAGUUCUUGAGAUAUGGAGCCUCCAAAGUGUAGAAAUCCCAUUCCAGGCUCUCCUAGUUAAAAUUUGAUUGGGAGAAGUUAAUACUCUAUAAAUUUGAAUUUAAAAUUCAUGAUUCUGAAUCAGAAUUGAAUACUUCACAAGAUAAAAUAGGUUUGAUUCCAAUAUUUUGAACAGUUCUUAAGAUAUGAAUCUCCAAAGUGUGAAAAUCCCAUUCCAGGCUCUCCUAAAAUUGAAAUGUGAUUGAGAGAAGAUAUUACGCUACAAGUUUGAAGUUAAUGUUUCUGAAUCAGAAUUGAAUGCUUCACAAUAUAAAAUAGGUUUGAUUUCAAUAUUUCGAACAGUUCUUGAGAUAUGGAGCCUCCAAAGUGUGGAAAUCUCAUUCCAGGCUCUCCUAAAGUUGAAAUUUGAUUGCGUGAAGUUAUUACUCUAUAAAUUUGAAUUUGAACUUCAUGAUUCUGAAUCAGAAUUGGAUGCUUUCUUUCACAAUAUAAAAUAGGCUUGAUUUCAAUAUUUCGAACAGUCCUUGAGAUAUGGAGCCUCCAAAGCAAUGGUUUGAUCUUAGAUUUUGGUUUGAAGGUAUUUUGAUAAAGAUCCUGUUGCUCUAAAGAUCGGCCCACCGGGAAUUUCCCGGUAUCCCGGUGGGUUCAUCCAACCCUGUUGACACCCCACCUACAGCCUUCACCUUUGCAAGUAGAUGAAAGGUGUAAAUACAAAAGUUGUACUCUUCAAGAAUAUAGAAUGAAAUAUAGGGCAUCAGAAAAAACCUGGAAGCAUGCAAAAUUUCACAUUUCUGACUUUUAAAUUUUAUUUCUGAAUAUGGUUUCUAAAACUUCAGUCAAAACUGUACUGUAUUUACCUACACCUUUCUUCUACCAGUGAAGGUAAAGGCUGUAGGUGGGGUGUCAAUACAUAUAUAAAAGAACACCCUGUAUAUUCUAGAAAUUCAAUUAAUAUGGAGUAUAGACGUGCGUACUUCGGAUAAUUAGGAUUUUUGGGUCUUUAGACUGGCUCGGUUAAUCCAGACCUCGGAUAAUUGCGACUUGGAUAAUCGGGGUUCUACUGUAUAACUCUUAAGAUAAGAAACACAAUAGAAAUUAACGAAUUAUUUAACUCUGUUGCCGAUUUUUUUUUUACUUUGUUUUCAAUUAUUUCUACUACAGAUGCAUUUAAUGUAGGAGAAAUAUUAUUCCUCCUAAUAUUGGAUUUCAAUUGGUGCCAUAUUAGCUCGAUAGGGUAAAAUACACAAUAGUAUGGAGGAAGACGCAACACUGUAUGUCCAUUUUCGGCUGCAAGUUUGUCACAUUCGCAUUCCUUAUUUAUUUAAAAAGUUUUUAAUACUUAGCAGUUCUAGUUUUUUGUAAUUUUCUUCAAAAUAUAAGUCAUUUUCAAUCAUAAACUUUUGAAUUUCUUCUUUUGUAUUAUUAGAAUUGGGAAUGAUUUUUGCUUGCCGACUAUGAUAACUAGCGUUAUUCAUUACAAUGACGCUAUUUUCGGGUAUAUUUUUAGGGAGUUUAUGUUCAAACCAUAGUCUAGGUACCUAUUAUAAAUAGAAUUUGUGAUUAUACCCUGAUGGUCCAGCUCUGCUCAAAAAAGUUUUUAAAUUUGGCGUUUUAUGAUUUAUUUCAUGGUUAAAAGGAUAAUGAGGGUAUUAUUGCAGUAAGAAGAUAAACGUAUUGUUGCAUUUACUAUAAUAAAAUGUUACAAUCAAAAGUCUUGUACUUAAAUAACUUUUUCUAGAGCCGUACUUCAAUAUCUAACUUCUGUUACAAUAUCUUUAACCAAAAUUCAUUUACUCGACAAAACAAUAACCAUUUCUCAUCACAUAGUUUUAUUAUUAAAACUUCCAGUUAAAAAUUACAUUCGCGCUCAACAGGCACUCAUUCAAUUACCAAAAAUUUGAAUUAAAUUCCUCUAUCUAUACCUACUAAGCAAAAAUAUUCAAAGUCAUUUCACUCAAGAGAAUAACAUAUUUGCAAUAAUGUUCCAUUGUUAAUUAACUUACUUCAUAUUCAUUUCAACAUUAAUAAAGUCAAAUAAACAUGUCACUAGAGUACUUACAUUCCGUCCUUUUACAUUCUAAAUGUAAUUCUUUUGACUAUUUAGAGCUCGCACAUAAUGUUGAAUGAAUUUAAAUGUUCUUUCCUUCAUGAUUUUUUGUUACUUUCUCUAAGCGCAUUUCCCCGAGGCAACAAAAUAAAAGAAACUCUUCGCAAAUUUUAUUCGGACUGACUUACUGUAGAUUAAAGACUCAAAACUCUAAGCUAAACUGAUUCCGAAACCGUUUUUAUAUUUUUCGAUCCCCCCAAAGAUUUCGGGUCAUGUCCAUUCAUUACCCUUCCUCUUUUCUAAGAAAUAUAAUUAUUUGUUUGAAACCGUAUAUGUCACACCUAGAUUAUCAGGGUUAACAGAUUUGAAAGAAUGCUGAGGACGCACCUAAUUCAAAGAAAGACCGCACUCGUGCCGGCCGUAAAUCAUGAUUUUAUUAUAAUUCUGUCACUUUGGGACCCAAUUCAAUUACGUGCUCUGGCCUUGUUAUUAUUAUUUUUGUGGAUUUGAUUUAUGAGUUAAACGUCAUGGCACACACGUUUGAUGACUGGCUAUUAAAAUUUGAACGUAUUUUAGAUAAUUUGUAUCAAUGCCAGAUUAUUGCAUUGCCCUAUGUUUGGUCCAUUUGGACCCUCGUAGAUUUAGGCAUACAAAUAAUUCUAGCUAUUGAAGUUACUAAAAAUAAAAAUCAAGUGCAUAAAAAAGGCUUAUUUCUAAAUCUCGAACAAAGUGUCUCCCAUUAAAUUAUAGUGUCAUCUAUACUCACCUACUACUUUUUCAAAUAACAGUUAAUGAAGCAUACAGUUACUUCAUAUACAAAGCAAUAAUAAAAUUCGUAGGUAGUUAUUUAGCACAUUUUAAAUAACACUUUGUUUUCUCAUUAAAAAUUACUGCCGUCCAUAUUUUUACACCCUUCAAUCAUAGGUUUUAUUAUUUAAAAAAAAUAAAUAAAUGUAUUAAAAC